UUUUUUCUAUCAAAGGGACCCAGUAACAGUAAGACAGAUGAAAAACAGCCAAUAUUUGUUGCUAAGGUGUGGAGGAUGUUUGCCGCACUAAUAAUUAGUUUGGACAAUCAGAGCGGCUGUGUAUAAUUCUUUGUUUAUGGCAAGGUAUGGCUGCAAUCUGCGGUGAGUAUGAGGAGCUGGCAGUAAGAUAGAUACUGAAAAUACAAUUGCCUAAUCUUCUAAUGUACCUCCGCGCUUUGAUGCAGUUGAAGGUGUUCGCAGGCGGGACAAGGGUUGGACAUUACCUCACUCUGAAUGCUUUCUGGGGGGAGAAACGAGCGAGUAAUUAGCUGAUUAGAGGCCCGUCAGAGCAGCUCAAUCUGCAGCCAAUCCCAGCUCAAGGCGGCCUGCAAGGGUGGAGAAGGAGGACCGAUGAAGUCAGACUCACACCUCUGUAGUUUGAGAAGUUGGUGUCAAACGGCAGAAGGGGCCCCAGUGUUGCAGAGUGACAUGUGUAGGUCCAAUUCAAGUAAAUAGAUGCAGGGAUGCGCAUGAAAACGUCAAUAAUUUAAAGUGCCUGUCGAGAAGUAAGUUUUCUAAAGAUAUUAGUCCUCACUAGUUGAUAAUGCUUUUUUUUUUUUAGCUUGAACUGAUCUGUCCAGCUUGAACUUUUAUGAAAGGAUAAGGAGAACAUAUGAGUUUGUGACUGGAAGAGGCUCCGCUGUCUGCGCGCAGACGCACGGCACAGGUGUGCACCGGCCAAGCUCGACGCGAUCGUUUCUUUAAGACUCAGUCUCCCCGAUUUGACGCCAUCAUGGAGAAAUCGAAAAACUUCAGAAUUGACGCCCUGCUCGCGGAUGAGACCAACCGGGGAAGCCGAGACCUCUCCCCCGGUCUCAGCAGCGACAGCCCCGCGGGCAGCCCAGUCUCCUGCCGCCGUGCGGACACCCCGUCUCCGCGGGCCUCGCAACUUCAGACCGGAAUAAUCCCCAAGCCGGGUAUCCUAAACCUCCCGCACCCAGGACUCGCCUCGCUGCCCCAGGGGGCGAUUCCCGGCAUGUAUCCUGCACCCAUGUACCCAUUAUCGGCGUUGGGUGGCCAGCACCCCGCGUUCGCAUACACCGGUUUUACACAACUAACACAGAGCUAUCCGGAGCACCUGAAGGCAGCAGCCAUGGCGGGAUCUCUGCCCCUGGAGCACUGGAUCCGUGCUGGGAUCAUGAUGCCAAGACUGCCAGAUUACAACUCGGGCCCUCAGUCUGGUCUGUUGGGGAAGUGCCGGAGGCCCCGCACUGCCUUCACCAGCCAGCAGCUCCUGGAGCUGGAGAACCAGUUCAAACUCAACAAGUACCUGUCCAGACCCAAACGCUUUGAAGUGGCCACCUCACUCAUGCUGACUGAAACACAGGUCAAAAUCUGGUUCCAAAAUCGUAGGAUGAAGUGGAAGCGUAGCCGGAAAGCGAAGGAGCAGGCCACAGGGUCAGCCCAGUCUGAGGCAGAGCGACUACGCAGCGGAGGCAAAACAGCCACCGACAAAACCGAUGAGAACAGACGAGCUGUGGAUCCGGAUGACGGAGGGAUUGACCUCGACAUGGAGGAUGGAGAGGAGGAGGAAGAGGAAGAGGAGGAGGAUGAGGAAGAGGAGGAAGCCCGGCAUGGUUUUCCUGUUGCUAUGGGUAACGGUGUUGGGAUGCCACAAUCCACGGACUUCUUGCAGCGUGGCACCGACGUUGGCUACAAUCCCCACAGCCCCUUCUCUGAUGAGGAGCUGGAGGGGGUGCAAGUUGGAGGAGGUGACAGGAAGAUCGGAGCAGGACUGUGAGGAGACACCCAGAAAACACUGGUUUUGGUUGGACAUUGGGUCAUGUCUGUGUUUGUGGACACUAGAGAAGACAAGUUUCCAAGCCUAAAGAUCUUUGUCCAGUCUGCUCUGUGAAUGUAAUGUGUUCCAAUCUGGACAUUUGUUGGAUUCACUAAUAAUUCACACAGCCACCAAACACACACAGGAUUAUGACACAAACAUACUGUAUAAACUGUCUGUGAAUAAAAUCAUCUUAGUACUGUACAUUUCAUAGCAUGCUGUAAAAAAAAGGUGUUCAUUUUCUCCCUACAUUUAGCUGCUGUCAUGAUCACCUUGGCCACCUUGUCUUUGCUCCAUCUGCUUACAGUUGGAGCUCCACCCAGUGAACACACAUGGCUGCACAAAUGAAGGAUGUGAAGUAAGACAAGUGAAGUGUUCAGACAGCGUGAGAAUGUACAGUAGGUGCAGCCUCCACUGCGUCACAAAGACACGAAGAAGGUGAAGUUAAACCAGCUGUGUGGUGUUGUGACCGAAGAAACAAUACAAGCUUAAAAAGAUCUGCUGCUUCUGGAUGUUUUUUAAAAUACUCUGCAGAAUAUCCCAUGUAUUACAUUUACUUUUGUGCAUUGUUCUCGAUGAUGUUUAUGAAUUUGUUCCCGUCACCUACAUGUAAAUGAAUUUAAUUUAUUUGAAUGAUCGCAAAGAUGAAUCAUACAUGUAUUUAUCAGAAACUUAUUUGUGGUGUAGCUGUGAAAUAAAAAAUGACAGCAAAAAAGAAAUAAAAAAAAG